AGUUUUACAGCAAAAGUACAAGAAUACUUCAAGUUGAAAGCAUUUUUCUUACGAAGAAAACCUUGGUGUUUUGGAGCAGGCGCAGACACCGCAAUUUCAUGCACUCUUAACAAUAAUUAGAGGAGAGAAGCACUUUCUAGUUUCUAUUCUUUUGUAAAAAAAGAAAAGCACUUUCCAUUCUGUCAAAAAAAAAAAAAGAGGAGCACUUUCCAUUAUGACUCUCCAAUCGAUGAAGCCACGUGUCAAAAUCAUAAGGGGCACCGACACAUCAGUCUUAAGACCAUCCUGGCGCACGUUGCUAACCUGCACUCCCUUCUCUCUCCUUGAUUUGUCAACCUCUCUCUCUCUCUCUGCAAAAUUCCCUCCUUCAACUUCUCGAUUCCCCUCUCUCUGGUUAGGUUUAGGUUUUUGUGGUUGAUAAAUGAAUUGCAAAAUUUGGUGAUUGAAUUUGCAAAUUGGAAUUUGGAAUGCAAUGAGACGGCGCCCUGUGGCGGGUGUGCUCCCUGACCAAAUGGAAAAAGGGGGACCAAAGAAUCAAAAUUCACGCCUUUGUUGUUUAGCAUCCUUAUCUGCAUUUCUCUGGUUAUUUCUCUUGUACUUCCAUUUUGUCUUCCUUAGAGGAGAUAGUAGUAAUACAACUCAAUUUGUUGAUCAUCAAACAGCCAAAUCAACACCUGUUUCUGUUGAUUAUGAAACUGCAAAAACAAUCCAUGUAACUGAUGCACCUCAACUGAAACCCCCUCCUAGAAAGAUCGGCUUCCCUCAAUCGGUGGCGAUAAAGAGUUACACCCCUCCCCCUCAGAAGAAUUUUCCUUUUAUUAAAGCAUUGAGAACUUCUGAAAAUAAGAGUGAUCCUUGUGGGGGUAGGUAUAUUUAUGUCCAUGACCUUCCUUCAAGGUUUAAUGAGGAUAUGUUGAAGGAGUGCAAGAGUUUGAGUCUUUGGACUAAUAUGUGUAAGUUUACCACCAAUGCUGGCCUUGGACCACCGCUUGAGAAUGUUGAAGGCGUGUUCUCGGAUACUGGUUGGUAUGCCACGAAUCAGUUUGCUGUUGAUGUAAUAUUUAGCAAUCGGAUGAAGCAGUAUGAGUGCUUGACUAAGGAUUCUUCCAUUGCUUCUGCGGUUUUUGUACCCUUUUACGCUGGGUUUGACAUUGCACGUUAUCUUUGGGGUUAUAAUAUCUCCAGGAGGGAUGCGGCUUCGCUUGAUCUGGUUGACUGGCUUAUGAAGAGGCCAGAGUGGGGUAUAAUGAAUGGGAAGGAUCAUUUUCUUGUUGCGGGAAGGAUAACGUGGGACUUUCGGAGAUUAUCUGAGGAAGAGUCAGACUGGGGCAAUAAGCUUCUGUUUUUACCAGCAGCGAAGAAUAUGUCCAUGCUUGUGGUAGAGUCCAGCCCCUGGAAUGCCAAUGAUUUUGGGAUUCCAUAUCCUACAUACUUCCACCCUGCAAAAGAUGAUGAUGUGUUCAUUUGGCAGGACAGAAUGAGGCGAUUAGAGAGGAAGUGGCUUUUCUCCUUUGCUGGAGCUCCCCGUCCUGACAACCCCAAAUCAAUCAGGGGUCAAUUAAUUGAGCAAUGCAGAAGAUCAAAGGUGGGUCACCUUUUAGAAUGUGACUUUGGUGAAAGCAAAUGCCAUUCUCCUAGCAGCAUAAUGCAGAUGUUUCAAAGCUCGCAGUUCUGCUUGCAACCUCAGGGUGAUUCAUACACACGAAGAUCUGCCUUUGAUUCAAUGUUGGCUGGCUGUAUACCAGUUUUCUUCCAUCCAGGUUCGGCAUACACACAAUACACUUGGCAUCUUCCUAAGAAUUAUACCAAGUAUUCGGUCUUCAUUCCAGAGGAUGACAUUCGUAAAAGAAACAGGAGUAUAGAGGAAAUACUUGGUCAGAUACCUCCUGGACAAGUGAAAAUCAUGAGAGAAGAGGUCAUUAGUCUCAUUCCAAGACUAGUAUAUGCAGACCCUCGGUCCAAAUUAGAAACUCUUAAAGACGCAUUUGACGUUGCUGUACAAGCAGUAAUUGACAAGGUUACACAUAUGAGGAAGGAUAUUGUCGAAGGUCAUAUUGAUGAAAACUUCAUUGAGGAGAACAGUUGGAAAUAUGCUUUGUUGGAUGAGGGGAAGCAUGAGGUAGGACCUCAUGAGUGGGAUCCUUUCUUCUCAAAACCGAAGGACGGUAGUGGAGAUUCCACUGAUUCAUCUGCUGAAGCUGCAAAAAAUUCUUGGAAGAAUGAGCAAAGAAAUCCAUUAUAAAAGGAAGGGUAAAAGAUAAUAUGCCGGCUGCAGUGAGGUUUAAUGCAGACUGAGAUACGCUGUCCCUGAAUCGAGGAAGAAUUGCAACUUAUUGCUCGGAUCUAGCUGUGAACUUACUGCUGAAUAUGUGUCCAAGCAUAUCGAGCGGGUUUCCAUGCUCCCAGAGUGGGGACUUAUUCUUUUGCUUUACACGUUUUUUAUAGGGUUUCCUGAUUUCUGCGCCAUGUAUUCUAUCUACUCAGUGGUUCCUAGAAUGCAUUUUAGAAGGUUUAAUAAUUUCUUUCAUGUAAGUUUUUUUGUUCAUUUGAUUUAUAUAGGAAAAAUAAACAAAUUUAUAAUGGUUAAUGGUAAACAUAAACGAGUCUAAACAUUGUAAUCGGGAGAUAGAACAGUUCUGUUGGGAUGUGUCUACAUUGCUAUCUUUUGACAAUGGCUAUUCAUUUAGUAUAUUUGGCACUUCACUUUUCUGUAUACACUUGAGUGAUUUAUAGCUGUUUAAUCAACGCAGCCAGAGCAAAUUAUGAUC